UCGGAAUCGAAUUAAUGAAGUGUGUGUGUGUGACUUUAAAUCCUAAAAUUUUCGCAUCAAAAGACAUACAGAAUGGCUCGCGUAACAUUUGACGAAAGUUGCUACAUGCAACAUUACAUGAAAACUUUGACAUACAAUGACUAAUGUUAAGCCCUCUCUAAUGCCACAUUUCGGUAGCUUGAACAUUUGGAAGAAAUUAAACUAUUUGUUAAGUUAUUAUAUGCUUUGGCAUAUUAAUCAUGUUUUGUGGCAGAUGGCUGCGGUUAGUUCACAUAAAAAAAAAUUGUCGUUGCUGUAGAGGCCCGACAUAUGUUAGGGUUUUUUUUCUCGUCAUAACCGAGAAUUGCAAAAACGUCUUGAUUUUCAAUUAAUCAACUCGGUUCUUUUUUUGUUGCACGUUUCCUUUUAAAAAUCGCUGCUAACAGAGCCUCAUAUGGAUAGAGCAAAAACAAAAAUUGUUCGGUGAACAAUGUUCAUCCCAGCCUACGACCAAUGUAUAAAAUUGAUAAGAUUUUCGGUUCUUAGAAAAAUUGUUUCAUAUUUUCCGCGGAAAUAAAACCGUUGCUAUCCGCUGCGCUUUUAUCCGAACCUGAAUCAUGAAAAUUAAACCAAAAAAGAAAACAAACUUAGGCUUACGAGGUUAAUCUUUAUUACGUGUCUGCGGUUCAAAUGAAGCAUCUCCUUCUAAUGCACCCAUGAUUAAAUAAACGUAACAAUGAAUCACACACUAGCUACACUGUACAUGGGCCUAGGAUUAUCGUUGUUAAUCAAUCUUAUCCGUAUAGAAUACAUUUUGACGACGGAUGCUAAAAUUGGUAUACCAGAGUGUUAGGUCGUACAUGAACAAUAUGAUAAACCGUUUACUGUGGAUAAACAAACAUUGUGAUUAUAAAACCGUGUCGACCGAGUGUGAUAUUUGAUUUUAUUUAUGAAGUUCAUCUGUUAAAUGUUUUUUUUAUUGAUUGUAUGUUUGAUGAAGUUAAUCAAAAUGACAAGUAAUCGUAUACGACGCUGUGGCGAAAAAGAAAAUCGUGCCCUAAAUGGACAUUUAAGGAACUGCUUUCCAAGUAGAAAUGGAACCAAACUCAUCCGUGGCAUGACAGAACACCCAUACGAAAAAUCACAAAUACCUCAACUUAAUACCCCACAUAAACGACCAUUAACAAAUAUCAAUUCCUUAUCAAAUUUUCCAAACAAUGGCUUAUCCGACAAUGAGCAAACAAACUUUGAUCAGAAACUAUUCACCGAAUUGACGGAGUCCAAUUUGAAGAGCAAUGUUCAGAUUGUGCUUAAGAAUCUGAACAAAAACAUUCUACGGAACUAUUUUAAUGAAAGAGUAAAUAACAAUUCGGAUAAGAAAAUGUCCAGUCCAGAGUCUGAUUGUAAUAGUAACAUUGGCGGUGGCUUCAUCAGUGCACCGCUCGGAUGUUCGAUAGCAUCAUCACAAGACUUUACGCACGACAAUUCGGAUUAUCAAUGGUUUUUGGAUUAUGGUUAUCGAGAUGGGGUAACUCAUCAGUCCAUACUGUCUUCGCUAUCCGCAUCGUACAAUGGCAUAGGUGAAUUAUCAUAUUAUGAAGAUCUGGCAAAGAACAUCGACGCCAAUUUGGCGGAAGUGGACAUGGAAAGCUUUCGAGCUGAAGAUAUCCAUUCGCUGCUAACGUAUCGCAAAGAGAACAAUAAAAAGCGUCAGGACAAUGAUCUCGACAAUUCGAUAUGUAAAUCAAAGCAACUGUUUUCCCCGGUCAAAGAAUCAAUGCUGAGUGUCGAUUCAUUGGACUUGGACUGCUAUCCAGACGACGGAGAUAUCAUCCUGACAUGCCAAGCGAACAAAAACAAUUACACAAUCGCAUUCGAAGGAAGCACAGUGUACUCAGAUGAAAGUUUUUACGAUGGACAGCAUGACGUGCAAGAGAAAUUGAAGCAAAAUUCGAUUAAUGUAAACAACAUCGAUGAUGUUGUGAAGCGCAAAGCGUUAGAAGUUUCAAUGUCCAGGUCAGACACCGGCUUUACUACAUGGAGCAAAUUGAAGAAAGGUUGUUCUCAACAACUUCAGAGGUAUCCAUCCGGCAAUAACAACACCUCAAUCAAUCAUGUACCAAGACAUGCUCCGCAUUGUUUCGUUCGGAAAAGUGCCAGUCUACCGAAUCUGCAGGUCGAUCAGAAUAAUCCGUUGCACGUAUCUCAAGCAAUCAGUACGUCGACCGUUGACUCGUACGGCAAAAUGCGUACAUUAUUGCCGAUGUGUCCGAUGCCCAUAUCAACAUCAGACAGUGAAAGUCCUGCACCGAUCCAAAAUUCGAAUUCCAGCAAUGAACCUCAACUGAAUCCACCAUCGUUCAAUCUAGUCAAAUUAUUUAUUAAGCAGAAAAGUAGUUCAACCGACACAUGCAUGGACGUAUCGUCGGGCUGUUGGCCGAGUGAUUCUAGUUCGUCCGUUGAGCAACGACAGCGAAAGAAAAGCAUGAACGAUUCGGGUAAAGGUUCCGCAUUGAGCCGACAUGACGAAGAUAUCGAAACUGAUUUCCAAUACGACAGUUUGGACGUACCGAGCAACAAUCAUGACAAUGGCAAGAAUAUUGUCAACAAAUCAAACGACUUGUAUCGUGAAGUGUUUGAUUCGCCUUCGCACAGAAACUACAAAGAGUUCAAUCUGAACAUACGCAACUAUCCGAAACACAUUUUCAGUGUGAACAACAACAACUCAAUGGACAAAGAUAGUUUGAAAGAGACGAACAAAAGCUUAUCGGAUGCUAGCCGAACAUCUGAUAAUAUUACUCAGGUGUUCACGAAGACGAGCAUACCGUUGGACAUGAUAACUCGAUCCAUUCAAACGUCAGUUCUGCUGAAGGACAGCGUGAAAAUCGUUCCUCCAUCAUUUUUGGCUCAGCUCAAUCAAAACAACAAAAUUGGUGAAAAGCGCCGGGCACCCGUAUAUGUCAUCUAUCCGAGCUAUGCAUUGCCCGAUUUAGGCUUUGUCAAAACACACCAAAGUGAUAUCAUUCUAUCUCCAAUGGGCUACAAAGAAGCCGUUGCGAAAAAGCAGCGUCCCGUUUCUCUGGCCGAUGUUGAAGAUUUGAAGAAGAAACAAUAUAAGCAUGUAAUAGACUGGAAAUCGCUGGGGCCAUUGCUGCCACUCGAAUAUAGGAAAAUGCUAAAACACAUUCCGGAAAUUGAUGCUACCAACAAAGAAUCGAUAUCAUCACAACGGCCAAUGUUUUGUAUGUCGCCUCCGAUACGCCGUCAUCGUCCCUCUUCAUGUGAUUGUGCCAGUUAUUGUACAAGUAGUUCGGGCUCUAGUCAACAACCAUCUUCCGGUUUCCGUGGCUCAUCCACUUUACUAACCGAUUCCGAAUUUGACGGUUCUACCGGCAAUAAUGAUCCGCUGAAAAAUCUGUACGUCUAUCAGUACGACAAUGGUCGGAUAGCGGAUGAUUCUCAGUCGGUUGAACGACCUCCUACCGGGAAAUCUACACCGCGUGGCAUAUUGCGGCGAAACAGCACGAAAACAAAAUCGAAACGGAACAGCAUGUUCGAGGAGAACGACACCGUUAAAGAAAUUAAUGAUAAGCGACGCAGCUUACAAGAGCCGUACUAUGCAUGCGACACGUACAAUAUCAUUGAGGACUAUCUAGCAGAAUUGAAUGCCGGUGAAAAUAUGGAACGAAGGCUCAACAACAGUCGAGUUUCGUCGUAUCGUCAGUAUUAUCCCGAUCAAACUGAAACUUCCAAUAAGUUAAGCGGAACGGUCGAUGCUCGUAGCAGAGCGAAACAGUUUUUAAGCAACGUACCAAAGUCUGAAUUGAAAUAUUACGCGGAAAUCGCAAACAUUUUAGAAACAAUCGAAAAUACUAGUGAGCCUUACGACCGAAACAAGCUGAGAAAUGAAGUGAGUCGAGCAUUGUCCCAGAAAAAGGUUUCAUUCAAUCGAAACAAUUCGAUGAACAAUAACAACAACAACAACAACAAUCCAAAUUUGUUGUGUGCGACAAAGGAAUUCUCAACGCCGCCGAAUUCGCCGAAUAUUUCCAUAGCCGCACUACGUAUGGAACAAAAGACCCGACGAUCCGAUCAGGAAAAACAAGACAAAAUCCAAAGUAAUCGAUUCAAACGAUUGCAAAUUCAAUGGGAAUUGCUGAGCAAAGAGGCUAGUGUAUUGGAGAAAGAAUUGGUGAAAGAAACGCGUAGCGGUGGUUCAACACCAACAUCAGCUGGUGGCUUACGAUCUCGAAUUCCAAGACCGGUCAGCUAUCCGACGACAAAAGUAUCGCCACAAUCUGCUGCGAAGACGCUUCAAUCCCCCAGUAAGUUGGUACCACCAAAAAAAUAUGGAAUUUCGAUCACAAGUAAUGCUGCAAAUGCGUCACCGCGACCACGUACUCCUAGUAAACUUUACAAUACUCCAAAAAAGACGGCUCCGGUACAAAGGAAUACAGCGCGCUGUUCAAAAUAGAAACUUCAUUCUCGGAAUCAAAGUGCAGACUUAGUUAUUAGCAAGAUGUCGACCUUAUUUAUAUACAUACUAUACUGCUACGGGACGACAUUCUGUAACUUAACAUUUAAAUUGCAGUAAAAGAAGUAGAUAAGUGAAGAAAAAAAGAGAAAAGUAAGAAAAAUAUCUCGAAAAUAUUUGAUAUUACAGUCCUUACUAAAUGAUAAUUUCUUUUUUUUUUAUUAAUUUUAAACAUAAGUUUUAAGUUU